CUUCCUUCCCCCUUUCACAUUUUUAUAUCCACUUUUAUUUUCUCACACAGAGGAUAUCUAUCUUUUUUUUUUGCCAUACAACAAUUAGGCAGUUGUUGGUUUUUGCGAUCCAUUCACUGCGUUCGCUUAUCUAGGUAGACUCACACUCACCGACAAACAUCAACUCAUACUAGUGAACGCUAUCAACAACUAGUACGAGUUAUUCCGCGGUGCGUCGUUUAUUCCGUUCCCUUAUUUUUCGACGUCAAAUAAAAGAAGAGUCAUCGAAUCCAAGUGACUGGACGACUGUAUUUUCCCUAUCACGAUGAGAAAAUCAUCCCAUCGUACCAACAAGGGCAAAAGCAGCACCACGGGCCUCCGAAGGAAGCGUUCGCUGUCACCCUCAACAUCGUCUGCAUCUCAACAAUCAUCGCCCAAUGUCUUUUCGGUCAAUAGCUCAUCCGACUCAACCCCAUCGUCCUCGAUAUCACCUUUCCAGGCACGACCUCCGUCCAGCAAGCGAAAGAAGUCAAGCACUCUCGUGGGACCAACGCCCAAUAUCUCCACAUCUGUUGCCGGCACAUUCACCGAUGAUAUCGGCCAUCUUUCCCCUGCUGACGCAUCGAGCGAUGAAGAAUCGCCAUUACCCAAUUCUGUAGACUUGGCGUUUUCUUCUUCCGAUAUGAUGCCUUCACGACUUUCCAUGCCUCGAAGUGUACCUGCCUUUUUGAACAAACUGUACAAUAUGGUCGUGGACCCUUCAACCGAUGAUCUCAUUCGAUGGUCUCCCGAUGGCGCGUCUUUUAUUGUGGAGAAGCAUGAGACGUUUGCAAAAACAGUCUUGCCUCGUUUUUACAAGCACAACACCUUUGCUUCCUUUGUUCGACAACUGAACAUGUACGAUUUCCACAAGGUGCCUCAUAUUCAACAAGGCGUAUUGUUGUCGGAAAAUGACCACGAAGUUUGGGAAUUCAGCAAUCCUCACUUCCAACGCGGCAAACCGGAAUUGCUCGUCUUGGUCACGCGAAAACGUAAUCGUGAUCGAGAAGUCGGUGAUGUUAACAAAGUGAACCUUGGCAUGCUUGUUAAAGAUAUUAGCGCGAUCCGCAAGCAUCAACGCAACAUCAACGUCGAUCUGCAAAACCUCCACCGCGAUAACGAGAUUCUGUGGCAAGAAACACUUGCGGCCAGAGAAAAACACCAGAAACAUCAAGAUGUGAUUGAAAAGAUUCUGCAUUUUCUCACCACCGUUUUCUCCAACGAGCAUGCCUCCAUUGAAUUAAGUAAGCAGUGUUCAUUCAUGUUGGGAGAAAAGAACGAGUAUAUUACCCUGUCGCAACGAUUCAAUCGAGAGACGGCUGUGGAGGAAGGGCAUUCAGACGCGCAACGAGAAUCAUCAGCCAAGGUGGCGACAGGAUUGAUAGAGGAAGCUGCAUCAUUAGUGGGUAUGAAUCUAGCUGCAUUAAAGGGUAAGACCGGUAUGUAUCCGACCUCGAUGCCGACGAGGACAACGCCAUUUUCCUCCAUUUCCAGCGCACUGUACUCAAUGCAGAGUCCGUUUGCUUCGCGUGCUUCGCGUCCUCCAGGUUCACGAUCUCAAAGAUCAGAAUCUCCUAUGCAUCCUGUGGACUAUCCGCCUGCACCACCGCAGCCGCAGCCCCAAGCCAAGCAACAACAGCAACCACCAUCUCAUCAGCAACCAACUCAACCACAUCACUCAUCGCCCUAUUCUAACAAUAGCCCUCAUCAAUCGCAAACGGCGGGAGAUAUUUUGAACUUCUCGCAAACUUUGGAUUCCGCCACGCGAUCUGCUCAGGCCAUCACCCAAGAUAUUGAUGAUCUGCAGAUCAACAUCGAAUCUUUAGCUGCCAACUUAGGUAUCAAUGCGAGCGAGCUUUCCGACGAUCUCGACAUUCAACUGGAUCAGUUCACGGAUGAUUACCAAGAUCUUAUUACGAGCGCUUCUCGUCGUGAUCGUAUUGAUCUUUUUGAACUGGCUGGAGGAUCGCAUGUCAAGAAUAUGUACGACGCUGCCGCUGCUGCCGCCGCCGCUGUUGCCGCCGCGAGCAAACAGGUGUAUCAGAGUAAGCUGCUUUUAGCCCAACACUAUCAACGGCUUUCGGUUAUCAACGCGUCUGCUCUGACAUCUACAGGCACUCCUUUCUCUGUUGAUCCGCCUCAAGUCGGCGAAGGGUCGCAUUACGUUCCCACAUGUACCAUGCAACCACCACCGGCGCCACGGCAGUCAUUGCUCCCGUCCGCGACUCCCAGUCCUUCCAUCGGUGGGCAUUUGUCUGCUGCUCAAGAAAUGGCGCAUCCCAUGGUGGGGCCCCACGUUCCCGGAUUGAUGCAACGUCAAGAUAUGCGAAUGGGGCCGGCACAACAGACAGCGCAUUCGAUUGCGGUUCGACGAGCUGCCACGGCGCCUGGUCGUGUUCCUUCACCGGUGCUUGAAUCUAGUUUAUAUUCAUCAUUCUAUCCAGUAUCCAGUUCUUUAUCAUCAUCUUCAUAUUCCGCUGACACUGUACCUUUACCAAAGUCCGCUCGAUCUUCGGUGGAUAGUAGGAGAGUCAAUACGACUGGACGUGUCCCCAUGAUGCAUCCCCCUUCGGCCAACGCGAUGCCAUCAGUACCAUCGGUACCAUCGGUUCACGAUCAUUAUGGUGGCCUUUUCUCGUUACCAGACUCGACCUAUCCGUAUGUACCAAUGGACAAUGAACAUGUGGAAAACGAACCUCAUGAAUAAUAUGGUGGUCUUUGUUUUCCAUCCAUACCGUUUUUUUUUCCUUGAUUCUAUCUUUUGUUCCUUUUUUUUUUCCUUACUCUUGUGCUAUGUCGUUCUUUUUCCUUUUGAAAACCAUAUUCCGUUAUAAAAAAAAAAACAGAGGGGGAAAUGAUAAUAAGUAUCAUUUAUGUCAUUGUAUCAAUUUUUACAAAACAUUGGACACGUUACAAAUUAUCUUUUUUUUUUCUUUCUAUUGUUUCAUUAGUGUUAUCCUUUUGCCUCAAUUUUAUGCUUUAUUUUUUUAACUUUUUUUUGUUUAUCUGUAACCCUUUUUCCGUAUGGCUUUGAUUGAUGUAAUGUUUUGAACAUGACAAAAUCCUAUGAAGUGUAUACCGUCGAACACGUGGAAAAAGUGUGAGAUACCUACACUAUAACGCUUAU